AUGUCGGCGUCCGGAUUGGCGGACCAGCCUAUGCGACGCCCGUGCGAUCGCUGUCGUCAUCGCAAGUCGCGAUGUAUACGGGAACCUGAGAAAGCCAACUGCAUAUUCUGCAGCCUGAAUGGACUUGAAUGCACAUUUCUGCAGGGUCCACAGCCACGGAAAAGGGUCAUGAAGUCAUCAAGCUCUGCAGAAUCCAACUCAUUAACGCCAUCCACUGUGGGCUCUGUUGAAGAUAAAACCCCGACAGAUCUAAUAAAUUCACGACUAGAGGGCACACUGGGUCUAGAGCUUCAUCUUCAUUCUGAGUAUAUUGGUCCGGCGAGCUAUCAUGAACCUGAACUCCUUGAUUUGCGGCCAUCGGCCAUCUCUUUCACUGACCAGGAGAGAUGUUAUCCCCGACGUGUGAAUCAAUCCGCCGCAUUUAUUACCUACCCUGACAAGGACUCGGCUUCUGAGAUGCAACGCAUCGCCGACCUAGACCGCAUUGAGGAAUCGAUACGUCCGCUGGGGCCGACCUUGGUAAACCUUUAUUUCCGCAUCAUGCAUCGCACGUUCCCGAUUUUGGACAAGGGCGUUUUCCUGGAAAAAUAUGAUCGGUCCUAUCGCGAAUUUUCACCACCGCUUCUCGCUGCCGUCUACCUUGUUGCAUUAGACUGGAAGCUCUUUGAUCGGGUUCUUGCUACGACCAAUCGAACGCCAGAUGCUGAAGCUUUGGAAAACCUAGCAAUGCGAGCCAUGGACGACGAUUUGAAGCGGCCCAAGCUCUCUACAUUGCAGGCUGGUCUGUUAUUACUGCAAAGAAUGAGAUCUUCCCAUAGCACUCUUCCCGCUCAGCUUUUAUCACUAGGGCAGACAUUAGGAAUUCAUACUGACUGUACGGAUUGGAAGAUCCCAGAUUGGGAGAAAGGUCUACGACGAAGAUUAGCCUGGGCGUUAUACUUGCAGGAUAAAUGGGGGGUUCUUGUGCACGGUCGCCCAUCCCUCAUUCCUGCACAAAUUGACGAAAACGAAGGGAUAAGUGACUGGGAUGUUGCCCCGUGUACACUUAAUGACUUUCCUGAGGACGCGAGCAGUGAAGAGCAAAAUGGGGACGCAGAUGUGGACGGAGGCGCUGGUAGGGCGGCAUUCCUGCAAAUUAUUGAAUUGACCAAGAUCUUUAGUCGGAUCGUGUCCACAUUCUGUUCAAUUGGUGCAACGAAAAAAAGCGGACUACUUGAGCGGAUUGGACCAUCAGGUGCGAUGACCUUGGCGAAACCCUUGGCGAUGGAGUUGCGCGAAUGGUAUGUGGCAGUUCCUACCAACCUCCAACUGGAAUCCACACCCUCAUUACGAUUAUCGACAAACGGCGCCUUGCAUCUCUCACAUAUGGCAGCAGAGCUGACCAUGCACCGCGCAUUACUACGUGCUCUGACGCCCGAUACAGCUCCUUCUCUUCGUGCGGCGAUCCGAACCGCAGCCCGUGCCCGACUGACGUCGGCGAUGAAUCUGAUCGAAUCUUUCCAGCCAGAACACAUUCAAUCAUUUUGGGGCUUUGCAGCAGCAGCCCAGGUGGCUUUAAUUGGUGCCUUUGCCGGUCUUCUGUGGGCAACAAGCCCCGAAGUAGAUGAAGCAGCGGGAUACGUUGAACAGCUUGAAAAGCUUCGCUGGGUCCUGCAGGUCCGCGCAUCCGCUGCUCCAUUUGCUCGCGAAGCACUUCGAAUGCUUCAUGAGGAAGUUGGGGAUUUGGCUGCUUUGAAGGCAGCAACAUUCCGGGAUCCUUAG